UCCUCCCUUUGCCCUCCCGCUCCCCUCCUCCUCGCCCAUGUCCAUUCCAAGAUGGCCGGGAUCCCUUUGUAUUUUGUGGAUUUGCAGGAUGACUUAGAUGAUUUUGGAUUUGAAGAUUAUGGACCAGACUGCGAUAGCAUGAGGAUAACAGCAUUCCUGGAUAUUCCUGGGCAGGAUAAUUUAACUCCACUGGCUCGUCUAGAAAAAUAUGCCUUCAGUGAUAACAUAUUUAACAGGCAAAUUAUUGCCAGAGGUCUUUUGGAUGUCUUUCGAGAUUUCAGUAAUAAUGAAGAAGACUUCCUGACUGUAAUGGAAAUAGUAGUCAGGCUCUCUGAAGAUGCAGAACCAACUGUACGUACAGAGCUGAUGGAGCAAAUACCUCCUAUUGCCAUUUUCCUGCAAGAAAGUCGACCAAAAUUCCCAACAGCAUUCUUUGAGUACCUUAUGCCCAUAGUAGUGAGAUACCUCACAGAUGUUAAUAAUCAGGUUAGAAAGGCAGGUCAAGAAGCACUGCUUAUACUGCUAGAACAAGACCUUGUUGCUCAGAGUGACAUUGAAAAUAAGGUGUGUCCAAUUCUGUUGGACCUCUCUGCUCCUGACAGUGAUGAUGAGUACAAGGUGGAAGCUGUGAAUAUAAUCUGUAAAAUGGCUUCUAUGCUGAGCAGAACAACAGUUGAGCACGUGCUGCUUCCUCGUUUCUGUGAACUGUGCAGUGAUGGGAAACUGUUUCAAGUGCGAAAGAUUUGUGCAGCUAAUUUUGGUGACAUUUGUAAUGCUGUUGGUCAGGAAGCCACAGAAAGAUUGCUGAUUCCCAAGUUCUUUGAACUCUGUUCUGAUAGUGUUUGGGGAAUGAGAAAAGCUUGUGCUGAAUGCUUCAUGGCAGUGUCUUACACCACAUCCCCAGAAGUUCGCAGAAGCAAAUUAUCCCCGCUGUUUAUUAGUCUUAUUAGUGACACUUGCAGAUGGGUUCGUCAGGCUGCUUUUCAGUCUCUUGGUCCGUUUAUUUCUACCUUUGCCAACCCUUCCAGUGCUGGUCUUUACAUUCGAGAAGAUGGGACGCUGAGUAUCUGGCCGGAUGGGAAUUCCAGCAACAACGUAACUUCAUUGUCCUCCAGUACAAAUGCUACGUUGUCCAGUUCAGAACAACCAAUGGAAAUCAAACCAGAAUCAACAACUGAGGAGACUGCUGCUGAAGCUAAUAAAAAGCUCUCAGUUGAGAACCUAAAUAAAGAUACCCGAGAAGAAAGUUCAGAUUGUUGUACCAAUCCUGGAGAAGAUGUGUCUGGGUUGUCUCAGGGUGACAAAGUUGCUGCUGGUGUCAUAGAAGUCACUAAGGAGAGCAGUUUUCCUGGAACGAACUCAAAGCUACAGUCUGCUGAGGAUGUAUUUAAUACUUUUCUGUACUGGCGCCCUCCUCUGCCUGAUAUAAGUCAGGAUCUGGAGUUGAUUCAGUUCAAGACUGAAAAGCACAAAGAUAGCUGCUCUGUGCCAUGUAAUAACUGUGUUGCUAGUAGUGAAAUAAAAAAAGUUCUAGAAAGCUUACAGGAGCACAUAGAUGAUCCAGAUGUUCAAGCUCAGGUCCAAGUGUUGUCUGCUGCUCUCAGAGCUGCUCAGUUUGAUUCUGUUGGUGACUACGAGACCAAAAAAAUGGAAGCAAGCAGUGGCAAACUUCAGAACAAAAGUAUUUUGGAUGAAAUGGCUGUUUCAGGUGCUACCUGCAACCAGGUGAAGGAGGACACACUUUCAUCCUCUGCCUUCCAGGAUAACGUCAGUGGUCAGUCUGGCACCAGUGUACUGAAAAGCGCAGACUCAGAAGAACAACACAGAGGAACCAGUGUAAUUGUAAAGAAAGAGCCAGAAAAGAAUCCACCUUUGGAAGAUGACAAGUCAAAACUACAGGAUAUCAUACCUCAACCCUUAUUAGACCAGUACCUGUCAAUGACAGACCCAGCUCGAGCCCAGACUGUUGAUACUGAAAUAGCCAAACACUGUGCCUAUAGUCUUCCUGGGGUAGCCUUGACGCUGGGCAGGCAGAACUGGCACUGCCUGAAGGAUACAUAUGAGACGCUGGCCUCAGAUGUACAGUGGAAGGUACGCAGGACACUAGCUUUCUCCAUACAUGAGCUAGCAGUAAUUCUGGGAGAUCAGCUAACAGCUGCUGACCUGGUGCCAGUUUUCAAUGGAUUCCUGAAAGAUCUGGAUGAAGUGCGCAUUGGUGUCCUUAAACAUCUGUAUGACUUUCUAAAGUUACUUCAUGCAGACAAAAGGCGAGAAUAUCUUUACCAACUUCAAGAAUUUGUGGUGACUGACAACAGCAGGAACUGGAGGUUUCGUUACGAGCUGGCAGAACAGCUGAUCCUGAUACUGGAACUCUACAAUCCCAAUGAUGUCUACGACUACUUAAGACAUAUUGCACUAACUCUCUGCUCUGAUAAAGUUUCAGAAGUUCGGUGGAUCUCCUUCAAACUGGUUGUAGCAAUAUUACAGAAGUUCUACACAAACAAUGCAAACGCACUGGGAUUAAAUUUCAUUAAUGAACUUGUAGUGCGGUUCCGUCACUGCUCCAAGUGGGUUGGAAGACAAGCUUUUGCCUUCAUUUGUCAGGCUGUAGUAGAAGAAGAAUGUAUGCCUGUCGACCAAUUUGUUGAACACUUACUCCCCAGUCUUUUAAGCCUUUCUUCAGAUCCUGUGCCAAACGUGAGGGUUCUGCUCGCCAAGGCUCUGAGGCAGACGUUGCUGGAGAAAGCUUAUUUUAAAAGUGUUGGCAAUCCUCAUCUAGAAGCUGCAGAAGAGACCAUUCUAGCCCUGCAAUCUGACAGAGAUCAAGAUGUGUCCUUCUUUGCCACCAUAAAACUAAAACAGGGUAACCUGGACAAUACUAACAUUGAAAAACAAAACUAAUGUGUUCUUCUGCAGUGAAUGCUGAACAUCAAAAUGUUUUUUCACCUUAUGUUUGUAGUUAUGUUGUCGGUGGACAAAUAAGAAGGUUUUUGCUACCUACUUGAGCUGGAAAGGGUCUGUUGAGAAACAUUGCAAUGUUCAUUUCAUGAGCAUCUCUUACCUACAGCCAUGUGUCUGUGUGAAUAACUGCUCUUUUUACCUCUAUAAAUGAGGGGGAUAAUUCUUAUCUCGCCUGCAGUUAAGUAUUGUAUGCAAAGUCUUACACCAUACUCAGUGUUCCAGUGUAGUUGCAAUUUACAUUUCAUUUUUUAACAAAACAUUUCCAGUAGUAGAGGAGUCUGCUACAAGCUUAAAAUGGUUUCUGCAUUUGAAAACUUGAUUAUAGCAGACUUACAUGAAGAUAUUAUUUCCUCAUUUUUAUUGUAGUUUUUGUAUUGUUUCAAAUGUUGCAUUUCAGCUGAGAAAAAUGUAUAUAUGUGAAUAGUUUUGAAUUCUAACAAAUAUGAUGAAGAACUUAAUUCUGUAUCAGUGGAAAAAAGCUCAAAAACAAUUUCAUUUUAUGAAGUAGUUACUCUGCGAGAAUUAAGGCAUGGUUCAUUUUUACUUAAUAUAAUGUGAUAUUUUUCAAAGCACAGAAAGAGCUUGAUCCUUUGUAUAUUGUGACUUUUCUAUUAAUUUGCUAUUUCUGAGCUAUACCUGUACAGGUGCUAACAUGUCUGUUUUUGUGACUGCUGGCUCUGGUAGAUAGGCUGUUAAUUUCUGAAACUGAAUAUGAUUUGUCUGCUCUAGCAAAGUUCACUUCUUCUAAGGGAUUCAGUUCCUGUGACAUGAGGUAUCUAGAAGGGUAUUACAGAAUUUUACAGACUUAUAUUUUUUUGUUUGUGCUUUUUACAUACAUGCAUUGUUUGAAGAACACCUUUUAACUGGUCCAACGUUCAAAUCCCAAAGAGCCUGCUACUUUGUUCCUAAGACAAAGGAGCUCUGAAGUCAGAAAAAACUCACAGGGGAAACGUGCUGAUGCAGUUUACUCUCUAACUUCUGUUGAUUAUAGGUUUAGGGCAAACAGCAAAUGAAGGUUACUGAUACCCUUAAGUUUAAGUAGGAUGUCUUCCAAAAUACCUGUUUAAGUACACAGAAGAAAGAAAUACAGAAUAUACAGCUAGAACAAAGUUCUGUUAAUAAAAUUAGAUAGAUUUUGAACAAUUUGAAAAAUUAGGAAGUUUUUUCUUUGGUGUGUCUCAAACCUGCAGAUAAUGUAGGGCCUGGAAAAGAAAUAGUUGUCUUUAGAUUGUGGAUUGGAUGCUGGUCUUGUUCAAAAGCUGAUGCUGAAAUACUGAAGAAAUGGUUUCAUGUAAUAACAGUUACGUUCUCUCUGGGAACACAAUACUUUAAGAUAAAUAGGCCAGUGUUAAUAUUUCCCCUUAUUUCACUGUUGUUCCAGUAAGUAGUUCACCUGGGUGAAGGUUUCUCCAAAAAUCACUUUUUUCUUUUUGUUUUGUUCUGGGUCAGGCUUGUCUGCAGUACAGCAAGUAGGUUCCUCAGCUAGGAUCUGUAUUUUUGGAGGGCUCAGUUUUGUAUAAGUUUAAGAAGUCCUGUAUUAUAAUAUGUACAGUAUUUGUAACAAAUGGUUUCCUUGUGAGAUCACAAAAUGCUUUUUGGAAGUUGCAGGCAGAAAUAUACCACUGUUAUCACUGCUGUCACAGCAAACAGUAUAAACUUUGUAAACUCUGCAAUAUUCUACAUUUCACUUUUUACAAUUUUUUUAUAAUUUAAAACAAAUGCUUCUUCAGUACAGAUUUUUACAGUUGCAAUUUCUUAAGAAAAAGACCUCUCAAGUUAAUUUUUUCUAGUUCUAAUAACUUUUUCUAAUGCUGGCAUUAUACUGGUAUUUUCUAAUGGUUCAGAUUUUCUAAGGCCUUUCUGACAAAGUUUUAUUUCCAUUUUUUAUUAUGAGUUCAUUAAAUUUCUCAGCACUGAACAAUUUUUUUAAUUGUGUGUAUAUGUAAGUAUGUUUGAAAGGUGUUGUAUAUAAAUUAAAUACCUUGAACGUUAACCCAACCCAUGUUUGUGUUUGUCACAUAAUCUUAGUUACCUUUACUUGCAAUAAUCCACCAGAAAACAAAAAUUUGUUUUAGCGUGUUUGGUUACUGUUCACUUCGAGUUUUUAAUUAGGAUACAGUAAGCCACUACCUGUAAAAGUUCACUGAAAGGCUAAACAAACUUGGAUUUUUUUAACAAUGUUUUGUCACCUCUCUGGCUCCAGAAAUCAUGUCUGCUUUAAAUGAUACGAUUUCAGUAGAGCAUUUAAGGACUUCCGUUAAAACUUUCAGUCACAUGCACUAAUAGGGGACAUCAUAGUUUGGGGUGGGAUUUUUUUAUUUAGACAAUGUGCAGGUCUAUUAAACAGAUUUACCCUCUACAAGGUUUGUCUUGGUUCAGUUUUACACUAGAAAUUAUUUCAGCAUGACUAGAGACUGCACUUUGUCUUGUACGAGACAAUUGUAUGCAAUGAUAAGCAAAGCAGUGUGUUCACAUGCAGUUCUCUGGGUAGUUUAACUUAUGCAAAAAUAUGUAUUUUAAAAGCCAGAUGAUGCAAAGUUAGGUAGUUGAUCCACUUUCACACCAGGAGUAAGAAUAUAACUGAAACAUUUCUAGCUAAGGAACAUGAAAAUAAUGUUGGUGGGUGCAAUAUUGCUUGGAUGCUAUAGGAUGGUCAAGCACUUGUAAUCCAAAGCAUGUUGGUCAUGUUGCUUAGAAUUCAGGCUCACUGGUCUCGUGUGUGUGGCAUACACUUGGCGUUGGUCGGGAUCCUGCCCUAGUGGCAGUUCUGUCUGUACACAGUGUUGUUUAGAACCCAGUUCUAAAGUGGGGACACUCUGGAAGUGUCAUUCGUUUGUCAGAACAGAGAAUCUAUGUAACUUUCUACUUGUAUUUAUCUCAAUAAAUCCUGUAACUGUUUUAUAAACCAA